CACCUGGCUGGCUCAGUCGGUAGAGCAUGUGACUCGAUCUCAGAGUCGUGAGUUCAAGCCCCAUGUUAGGCAUGGAACCUACUUAAAAUUACAAAAUUUAAUAUGUAUCUCCAGGUUGUAAAUUUAGGACCCACGUUGGGUGUAGCGAUUGCUUAAAGUAUUAAAGGGGGCACUUGGGUGGUUCAGUUGGUUACACAUCAGACUCUUGGUUUCGGCUCAGCUCAUGAUCUCAAGGUUUGUGAGAUUGAGCCCCGUGUUGGACUCUCUUCUGACAGCACAGAGCCUGCUUGGGAUUCUCUCUCUCCCUUGCUCUCUGCUUCUCCCCUGCUCUUUCUUACGUGCAUGCACUCUCUCUCUCAAAAUAAAUAAAUUAAAAAAAAUAAUAAAACAUAAUCCUAGGGGCGCCUGGGGGGCUCAGUUGGUUAAACAUCUGACUCUUGAUUUCCACUCAGGUCAUGAACUCACGUUGUGGGAUGAAGCCAGGCAUCCGGGCAACAUGCUGGGCUUGGAGCCUGCUUGAGAUUCUCUCUCUCUGCCCCGCCCCCACAGAAGCACGCUCUCAAAAACAAAUUAAAAAAAAAAUGUAUGUUUUUAUUUUUGAGAGAGAGACAGUGAGAGUGGGGGAAGGGCAGAGAGAGAGGGAGAGGAGACAAUCUGAAGCAGGUUCCACGCCCUGAGCUGUCAGCGCAGAGCCCCACCCGGAGCUUGAACUCACGCACUGCGAGAUCAUGACCUGAGCCAAGUCAGACGCCCAUUUACUGAGUCACCCAGGUGCUCCCAAAAUGAAUGUUUUAGAAGUGAAUGAUAUACAGUUGGUGGGAGUGUCAACUCCCCCUCUGUGGAGAACAACUUAGCACUAUCAGAACGAAAAAUUGAACGCACCCUUUAACAAGCUGUUUCAGUUCUACAAAUCUAUUCAUGUUCAUAGGCAUCAAAAAGCAUUACUAGGUUUAAAAACAAGUUAGGGCCUCGCUCUCCUUUAGGCCAGCCGCUGGUCGUCCCGCCCCAACCCCGCGGUCAAGGCGCCCCAAUGCUUGAGCGCGCCUUCCGGGCUUGGUCUUGGGGUCUGUAAGCCCGGCGCUCGCAAGACUCGCCGCGCUUCGGGCCCGUCACUGCACUUAACGCCCACCCGGGGCCGCCAGUCAACAACCGAGCCACUUUUUCCAGGCUGGAUCCCAGUCCCCAGCCCUGCCUCGAGCCUUGUUCCCGCCCUUAAUCCCGCUCCGUGGUUUAGUUCCAGCCCCUAGCUCAUCCCCAGGUCUCCCGUCACCGCCCCAGGCUUGCCCUCGGGUCCCUAGUCACUGCCCCGUCAAGCCUCCAGGCUCUGCCCUAACCUCAGCCCCGCCCACAGCCUUGUCCCCGCCCCUGACCCCGCCUCCGGGUGCGUCACCGCCUCAGCCACGCCUUCCGGGCUCAGGCCUGGUUCCCAGCGUGUCCCCGGCGCUCCAUCCAGAUAGUGGGCGGGUCUGUCGCCGGGGCGGGUCUGUCGCUUGUCCCCGCGAGAGAAAAGGUGAAACUCUCCGCCGGCUGCUGGAGGCGGCGGCCUCCGCCUUGCGGGCACCCCCAGCCACCCGCCGCCUGCUGGCCCCCGGAGGGUGAGAUCGUGAAUCCCCUUACAGCCACAAGCGGAAGUGCGUGUCGGCGGGAUCAUGGCGACUUUGGCGGACCUGCCGGACUCAGUCCUGUUAGAGAUCUUCUCUUACCUCCCGGUCCGGGAUCGAAUUCGCAUCUCCAGGGUUUGUCACCGCUGGAAGAGGCUGGUGGACGACCGGUGGCUCUGGCGACACGUCGACCUGACUCUGUACACGAUGCGGCCUAAAGUCAUGUGGCACCUCCUUCGCCGCUAUAUGGCAUCCCGGCUCCGUUCCCUGCGGGUGGGCGGCUACCUGUUCUCAGGCUCCCAGGCCCCCCGGCUGUCCCCCGCCUUGAUGAGGGCCCUGGGCCAGAAGUGCCCUAACCUGAAGCGUCUCUGCCUGCACGUGGCCGACCUGAGCAUGGUGCCCAUCACCAGCCUGCCCUGCACCCUGAGGACCCUGGAGCUGCACAGCUGCGAGAUCUCCAUGGCCUGGCUCCUCAAGGAGCAGGACCCCACCGUGCUGCCCUUGCUCGAGUGCAUCGUGCUGGACCGGGUCCCUGCCUUCCGUGAUGAGCACCUGCAGGGCCUGACGCGCUUCCGCGCCCUGCGGUCGCUGGUGCUGGGCGGUACCUACCGAGUGACCGAGACAGGGCUGGAUGCGGGCCUCCAGGAGCUGGGCUACCUGCAGAGGCUGGAGGUGCUGGGCUGCACCCUCUCAGCUGACAGCACCCUCCUGGCCGUCAGUCGCCACCUCCGAGAUGUGCGGAAGAUCCGGCUGACCGUGAGGGGCCUCUCUGCCCCCGGCCUGUCCGUCUUGGAGGGCAUGCCAGCCCUGGAGAGUCUGUGCUUGCUGGGCCCUCUCAUCACCCCAGAAAUGCCUUCCCCGGCUGAAAUCCUCUCUUCCUGCCUCGCCAUGCCCAAGCUCAGGGUCCUUGAGCUGCAGGGGCUGGGGUGGGAGGAUCAGGAGGCUGAGAGGAUCCUGUGUAAGGGGCUGCCCCACUGUAUGGUCAUCGUCAGGGCCUGCCCCAAAGAGUCCAUGGACUGGUGGAUGUGACUGCACCACCCAUCCAUGUUGGCUUUCAUGGGUGAGCCCCAGACCCUCUGGACAGCACCUUGCAGAGGGCCCAUAACCAGGUUGAGAGAGCCCAAAGCUACAAGGUAGAACGAAGGCCUUGGGGCCUCCGGACAGUUGGAAUCCCUGUUUGCCAGUUGUUUGGCCUCUGUGACAUCAGCCAGCUUCUCGGAGGGCCUAUCCCCACAUCUGGAAGUGGGGAAGAUCAUAGCUACCUCAUGGUUAUGUCACGAAGCCUUACUCUUUACCAGCCCCUGGGCCAAAAAGGUCCUCGACGAUGGGUCAUUCUCAGGAACAGAAUGGAUACAGCAGGGUGGGGUUAAGAGUUAGGGGGAGCUGAGGGCCAGGGCCCCUUUAGGAGGCCUGGCAAGACUAUCUAUGCAUGUGCACCCCCACGCUGACACACCAUUGAUACAUGAGGGAUGCGAUGAGAAAGCCCAGGAAGACUUCUGCUUUGACGAUUGAAAGUGUCAGUGAAGGUUCUCAGUUGUACUUUCGGUAUUUUGGUAUUCUAUAUUUUCAAAAUUUUCCACAAUAUAUAUUAUUUUGCUAUUAAAGAAAAAUAAUUUUUUUUUCCCAAAA